AUGGAGGUCGACCACGGCAGCGAGUCUGCUGUUAGCCCUCGGGCGCCUGUGCGCUCCCGUCGGCGUCGCGCACCGGAGGCAUGUUCGUUCUGCCGUAGAAGAAAGAUCAAAUGCAACAAUGAGCGGCCCGUAUGCAUUAAUUGCAGGACAUAUGCGCAGGACUGUGUUUAUGAGCCUGUUGCCGAGAGGGCUCGAGAGACGGGCCGUGCUCGUCAUCGCAGAACCCUGGAUGGAAGCGUCUCGAAAACCAACAAGGAUGGAAACUUCCAUCCACACUCACUACUGGAAAGUGAUGAUUAUGGGAGACGUUCUGUGGGGGUAGAUGAAGUAGUCGGCUCGGGUAGCCGUUCUACUGCAGGUAUAGACCGAAGCAGCGCACCGGGGCCGUCUGAAGCCGGGGUGGCUCGCAUCUUGGUUUCAGCGAACGGGGUAUCCAGUUACCACGGCCGUACCAGCGCCCUGUUUGAGGACCAGGCACAGGAAAGACCGACUGCGGCGGAUCAUCGCCCUCGAAUGGCAGAUGACUGGGUAGAACGGGGUCUUGUUGCCGAGGCAGCAAAACAACGACAGAUGGAGGAAUUGAAUUUCCGCCAGGGCAAACUAGAUUUCGAUGGCGUUGAUCCGGAUCUAGGGAUGCAUCUGCUGUCGCUUCAUUGGAAUCGCCAACAUCAUUCGUUUCUCAUAACCUACCGACCGGCAUUCAUGCGGGACAUGGCUUGUAAUGGUCCUUGCUUUUCUAAGCUCCUCCUCAACGCCAUUUACUUUGGAGCCGCUAAAUUCAGUCCCAGGUUGGAGGUUCGCAAGGAUCCUAACGAUGUUCGAACCGCCGGUUGGAAGUAUCGUGAACGAGUCCGCGAGCUCCUAGGCGGAGCACUGGACCGUAGUGAUAUCACAACGAUCCAGGCAUUGCUUGUAAUGACAAACUCACUAUUUGCCCUGGGGGACGAAAGGAGCGCCGCAUGGCUAUAUUCUGGCCUGGCGUUCCGGAUGUUGAUUGACUUGGGAAUGCAUGUCGAUUUGACAAGUACACGGAGGUUCUCAGAUGAGGACUUGGAAAUUCGGAGACGAGUUUUCUGGGCGGCAUUUGUUGUGGACAAGGUCCAGAGCCUUUAUCAAGGCCGCCCAGUCAGCCUCAAGGAGACAGAUGCACUUGUACCUAUCAAGUUCCUAGAUACCUAUGAGGAAUUGGAGCACUGGCAGCCCUUCGCGUAUUCAACCUCUGCCUCAGAUUACCCUGGAAUGCCAGCUUAUAGCACGUCUACUUUCACAUUCCUAUGCAAACUCUCGCUCACCAUGAGUGACAUUCUAAGUUGCAUAUACACCGAGCGAAGCUCCAAUCAGAGCCCAUCUGAGCUGGCAGGCAUGCUAGAUGAGCUGCAGCUUAAACUAGAUCAGUGGCAGGAAUCGUUACCCGAGCAUCUGCGGUUUGAUCCAGGGAAAGCUCACAGUGUAGCCUUCCCGCCACCUCAUGUAUCUAGCCUACAUGCUAUGCAUAACUCGCUUGUCAUUCUGUUACACCGUCCAUUUGUGGCAGACGGUCAUCUAUACAGUACAUCGCCGUCGAUCUCGGUUGACUCCUUCAUGAAGUGUGCCUCGGCAGCAUCAAAUAUCAGCAAGCUGCUGCGUGCCUACCAUCGUGCAUUCUCUGUACGACGUGCACCUUAUCUCAUAUCAUAUGCGACCUACGUCGCAGCCACAAUCCUCACUAGAAUCGCAGCUAGACGUAGAAAUGAUUCAACAGCACAUUCAAAUCUUGCGACCUGUCUCGCUGUUUUUGAAGAAAACCAGGAGACGAACUCGGCUGUUAGGAAGGCCGCCAAGAUUGUGCAUAGCCUGAUGAAGAAACUUGGAGUCAUUAUUGAUAAUGUCUCAAUCGACGCUCUAGAAAUGACCCCGCCUAUGAGAAUGUCAGAGCGAGAUACGCAAGAAAACCAUGUCCCUGUUCAUCCUAAUAGGGAUUACCAGACGAGCGCCGGCAAUGAAGCCAACAACGACGCAGCUAUUGUGAAUAUGGCUGAAGCCGCGAGCACUACAGCUCGCAACCCGCAGGUCCCGUCUCCUGGGUCAGACUGGGUAGAUAUAGAUGGCAUUAUCCAAAGCUUUCUACAAGAGAACAGUGAUCGCGGAGCUCGACUUGCAGACUCCGACGCUAACGGAGUUCCCAUUCAGCUUUCGAGGACUCCAUGGUUACCACCGCAGCAAGGAAACCCUCCACCACCAGUGCCAAUCAAUAAUGACCUUGCCUUUGGAAACCAGGUCCCUUUCCGGCCGGGUAUAACGAGCUCUAACGGACUCCAGUCAGAGACAGCUUCCAGCACGUAUCAGCAGCAGCGUGGCACACGGCUAACAAGUUACGAGUCCGUCUCGCUAGAUGAUCCACUGUUCGGGUUCAACAGCUCAUCAAUGGAUAGCUUCCCGUUCACAGAUUGGUGA